AACGACAUACGGGUAACGCGGCGGCACACCAGGGUCAGUCCAAGUGUCGAUACCAUGAUGGAACGGACGCUCUUUCUUGUCGUCGUCCAGAUCGUUCAAGCUGUGGCAACACUUGAAUUUUCGAGCUGUCCUUCAGGAUGGACUCUCAGUGGCAAUAGCUGCUAUCGUCGUUUUACUACGAGAGAAACGUGGAAUUCAGCUGAACAAGACUGUGUGAGCAAGGGAGGCCACCUCGUCUCCAUCGCGUCGAGCAACGAGAACAACGUUGUCUUCUCUCUGAGAGGGACGUCGAAAAGCAACGACGACGACGACGACGUGUGGAUAGGGUUGAAGUACAAUAAUGACGCCAGGGCUUUUGCUUGGAGUGAUGGGACGGUUACGUCGUACAGAAAUUGGUCUGCGGGCGAGCCCAGCAGCAGUGGUGAUUGUGUGAGAAUGAAUAGGGACAGCACAUGGGCUGACAGUUAUUGCUCGUUGGUCUUUUCUAAACGUUAUUAUGUCUGUGAAAACUCCAACCAUCUUAAUUCUACUAUUGCAACGUCGAGACCUUCGCGAGGUACGUCUAGAGGAAUGAUUACCACGACUUAUAGAAUUGCCACAACGCAAGCAACAAGCGUGUCCGAGGAUCAUAGAUUAACUAGUUCGGAUCAGACGGGUACAACUGUGGCAAUGACAUCUGAUAGAGUACAAGAAAUUGUUACUACCGGGAUGGUGAGAGAUGAAGAGUCUGUAGAUGGCAGCAUUUCGGGCAGCGCUCGUGUGUUUGCGGAAAGUGUUACCGCGGCAGUUAUAGUCGUUCUGGUUUUAAUCUGAUUCGAGAACAGACGAUGCUCUUCUUGUUGUGGCUGCAUGCGCAUGCGUGCGAUCACUGCAUGGCAGUGUCUAGUCGUGUGUAACUACUGUUCUAUGCACUUAAUUAAGUAAUACAAUGUAGUACAAUAAACAGUAUAGGCUAAACCAGUGGGCCACUGUUGUGUAGUUGUGUGUGCAGAGAAAUUUUGGACACUUUACUAGCUAGAAGUCCUAGAGUAAUCGCCUUCUCUAGUUAGUCGUAGUUAAUAUUGAAAUUAUUCUACAAACAUUAACCCUCGGCUGCU